AUGAGCAACUACAAUACGAUGCAUCUAUACAACAGUGACCUCCCGUACAAAUUGCACAAGUGCAACUUGUGCGAUUUCAAUACACUCUACAAAGCCGAGUUUCAGCUUCACCUGAUCAAAACACACGGGUUUAAGGUAAGGUCUUUGGAAGAAGGCGAACCGUCCAAGAUAAACAGUUAUGGAUUUGGAGAUAAGUUUAAAAGAAAGCCUCAGGAAAGAAAUGAAGCGGGUGAAUAUGAAUGUCCCAACGGUUGCGGCGAAGCUUUUGUAAGGCUGAGACGUUUGGAUUAUCAUUUGGAAAGAUGCAGCAAAGGCAGAAUGUCUUGUCAAUUGUGCAGCUUUAAAACUGAAAACAUGAACCAACUACAAAUGCAUUUUAUCGAACAGCAUAACUUGUUGUGCGAGCCUGUGGAUGAGCCUGAUUUUGAACAAGUUUUGAACAAUACUCCUUACAUAUUGAAGCGAAUAAGGGUUUAUGACGAAUUACCUGAGAAGGAAAAAUCUAGUUCUAGAAGAAGAAACGAACAAUUAUUUCCAUGUAUGAGGAAAAUGAGCUCCAAUGCCCCAAAACCAGGACCUUCGUGCACACUAUGUACCUAUAAAUCCAGCAAUGAACCAGAUUUCAAUCGGCACUUAUUGAGAGCUCACAGGCUCGUAUUGAAAAGUGCCAAGCAUACAAUCGAUUACAAUUUGAGAAACAAAAUGCCUCGAGAACAGACCCCUCAUAAAUUCACUUGCAAAAGAUGCGAAAAAACCUUCCCAGUCGCUCAUAGAUUGAGAGACCACAACAUAGUUUGCAAACAAAAAUUCAACACCAUAGUGAUGGAGCGUUUAAAAAACGGACAACUGACUUGCCUCUUUUGCUCGGACUGUUUCAAUUCAAAAGAGCAACUGGACUAUCACUUGGAAACUUGCUCCAAACCCCAAGUAAUCCGCUGCCAAUUGUGCCCUUUCGAAUGUCCAGUUUCGCAGAUGACCAACUUGCAAACGCACAUUUGGAACAAGCACAAUUUGAUUUGCAAACCGGUCCGGGAGGCCGAUUUUUUACAAGCUGUUAAUUGUACUCCGUACACUUUAGAACGGGUUCCUGUUCUCGACGCUUUACCUGCGAUGUCGCAAGCUGAUGCUAAAAAAUUAUUGAAGUGUUGGAAAUGCCAAAUGUCGUUUCCUACUGCUGAACUUUUGGCUAAGCAUUCGAAAUUGAAAAAAUGCAAUGUAGAUUGAUCGUGAUGGUAUGUAGCUAUUUUCCGGUUGUAGGGAAAAUUAGUUUUAAGUUUCUUGUAAGUUUCGACACUGUUUCAAUAAUAUAAGUAUGUAAUCUUUUGUUUGAGUAUUGUAGUACCUACUUAAAAGUGGCUUAGAAUAUAUUUUUUAAUUUUAGAUAUUGGGUAAGAAUAUUUUACAUUCUUUUUGUGUGAAUUUUUGUUUUUUUUUUCUUAUCUUAAACUUUAAAUAAGCUACGCUUUUGAUAUCAA